AUGGCGUUAUUUCUAGUGUUGGUGCUCCUCUGUGUUACAGGUAUUAGUGAUGUAGUGGCCAAACCUACUCUCGAUUGUGCAGCUCUACUGCUCCUCAAAUCUUCCAUCACAAAUGACCCAAUUGGAUUCCUCACGAGCUGGAACAAAACCAAUCCAAACUGCUGCCGAGGCUGGAAGGGCGUAAGAUGCAACAAAACUACGUCCCGAGUGAUCCAUCUCAUGCUCAGCAAUGGCCAGCUCUCUGGAACUCUCCACGAGAGCGUUGGAUCACUCUCGAGCCUGGAAAAGCUCGAUCUUUCCUACAAUCACCUGACAGGGGCAAUUCCAAGCACGGUUACCAAGCUCUCUCGGCUCCGGCUGCUUGAUCUGGCUUACAACUAUGGAUUCCAGGGCAGCAUUCCAUCUUCCAUUGGUGACCUUUCCAGCUUGCAGAGGAUCCGGCUCCAGUCUAACAAGCUCACGGGCAGUGUUCCAUCUUCGUUUGGACUGCUCUCCAGCCUCGUCUACGCGGAGCUCGAUGAUAACUCUCUCGCUGGCCAGAUCCCCAACGCCUUCACUCGCAACUUAUCCAAUCUGGCUUUGCUCGAUCUCGCGAAAAACAAGUUGACAGGGCUUCCACUGAAUCUCCGCCGCCUUGGACGGCUUGGAAUUCUCUACUUGAGUUCGAAUCCACUCACUUUCGACACCAUCCAGGGGCUCUCCACGCUGCCUUUCCUGGGCGAGCUCCACCUUGACAACUGUGGUCUCCAAGGCCCCAUUCCACCAUGGUUGGCGACCCUCAAGCUUCGAGACUCAGACGACUUCCUCACGUCUAUGCUGAGCUUGUCAAGCAACAGUAUAUCUGGUCCCAUUCCCCGGACGAUUUCCAGCCUUUCCAGUGUUGAGAUCCUGCGACUGAGCAGUAACAAGUUUUCCGGGGCGAUUCCUUCGUCCAUGGGAAGCAUGCUGAGUUUGAAGCAGCUAUCUCUGGAGAAUAACCAGCUAAGUGGUGAGAUCCCCAGAAGCCUGGUAAACCUGGACUUGUUGAGGUGGUUUAACGUGAGUAACAACAAGCUGAGCGGACAGAUACCUCAAGGUGGAGCGUUUUCUACGUUUGAUGCUAGCUGCUUUGCAGGAAAUCCAGGGCUUUGCGGAAAGCCUCUGCCUUCAUGCUAGAGAUAACAGUAACAAAGGAAGGUAAGACUGAUAAGCAGCAAAGAUUAAAAAACUCAGGCUUUGCAGGAAAUCCAGGGCUUUGCGGAAAGCCUCUGCCUUAAAGCUAGAAACAAAAGAAGUUAAGACUGAUAAGCAGUGAAGAUUAAAAAA